UGUAUUGGUAUUUUAGGAACUGAAUUACUAGUUCUAUGUAGAAGGGGUUUAAGAAGACCGAAGCUUGUCAUGCGUAAGGAAUCCAAGUUGAUCAGAUCUUUUAGAGUAUUAGGUGAUGUUUCUAAUAUCACUGGUGAUCUAUUUAGAUGAUUCUAGAUGCAUGCCUUUUAGGAAAAAAUACAUCAAGGUUCAACGGUGAUAUUUGAAACAUCAGUCCACCGUUUUCGUUCUCUGUAGGUCAUUUAAGAUAUUAAUUAAGGAGAAGGGUGGUUCCCCAUGCACUGUUUCCAGGACCCAUAGUUUACACACUUGCUAAAUGGAUUUCAGUCAUUCCGUUGAAAGUUGCCUUAAUGAUCUAAAUCUUUUUCUUUUGAUAGAAGCAAUUCAAUUGCAGCCCCCAGAGAUGGUCUGUUUCUCUCUUUCUGUGAUGUUAUACGCAGAAGCUCCAUGAAUUGAAGGAGAGAUAGCCACCAUUUGACAUAAUCCAUGGCUCCGGCUCUCACCUCCAAUUCAUUUCACUUAACCACUCCUCAUUCAAGGCUAACUCUCAAGAAUCCCAGACUGACAGUCUUUGCCAAAGGAUCCCGUUCUUUCUCUCCAUUUCAGCUUGGCAAGCCAAAGGACAAUCCAGAUGAAAGCCAGAAUGAAGAUUCAGGAAAUUCUACUUCCUUUCGAUUCAAUUUCGGUAAGGCACCUGGUGUCAAAUCCUUGAUCCCAGUUGUAAGCAACCCUUCCACGGGUUUAUCUUUUGGGAAUCCCAGACGGAAAGAUCCAGCAACAGUGUUUGUUGCUGGUGCAACUGGGCAGGCAGGCAUCUACAUUGCACAGUCACUGUUGCGCCAAGGUUUCAAGGUUAGAGCUGGCGUCCCUGAGCUCAAUGCUGCCCAGGAACUAGCCCGUCUCGCGGUUAAUUAUAAGAUCAUAUCGAAUGAAGAAUCCAGGCGGUUAAAUGCGGUGGAAUCCACCUUUGACGAUCCAGAAUCAAUCGCCAAGGCAAUCGGCAACGCCAGCAAGGUGGUGGUGACGAUCGGCCCAGGGGAAAAUGGUCCCACCACCGAGGUCUCCACGUUGGACGCCUUACAAGUCAUCCAAGCCGCCCAACUAGCGGGGGUAGGCCACGUCGCAAUAAUCUAUGAUGGGAACACUGCAACUGCAUCCACUUACAAUGUGCUUGACGGCAUCACAUCGUUCUUCAGCAACCUCUUCUCGCAAUCUCAGCCGUUGACGGUUCCCGAGUUCUUACAGAAAGUAAUUGAAACGGACGUAAGCUACACGUUCAUUAAGACGAGCCUGACGGAGGAUUUCUUACCGGAGAGCUCAUACAACGUCGUGGUCUCCGCCGAGGGAACCGUUGCCACAAACGACUAUAAAGUAGCAAAGUCGAGGAUAGCUUCGCUCGUCGCAGAUGUUUUCUCGAACACGGCUGUCGCAGAAAACAAGGUUGUGCAAGUUUUUACGGAUCCAUCGGCUCCAUUGAAGCGUGUGGAUGAACUCUUCGGUGCAAUUCCUGAGGAUGGAAGAAGAAAGGCCUAUGCGGAGGCUUUAGCGAAGGAAAAAGCAGAGGAGGAGGCAAGAAUUGCUGCCGAAAAAGCUCGAGAGGCGGCAGAGGUAGCUAAGAAGCUGGGAGAAGAAGUGGAGAAGCUCUCAGAGCAGGAAGCAAAGGCUGCUAGUCUAGCUGAGGAGGCCCGGCAGAAGGCGGAGGCGGCUGGAGCUUCAAUCGACGCCCUGUUCAGUAAAGCGAAGGACAUUCGGUCGGGCCUUUCCUGGGAAAAAUUCAGUUCCCAGAUAGCAACCACCGUUCAAAACCCUGCUGACAUAGCCAAAGUGCAGAUUGCCACUGUCAGGGGACAGGCUAAGGCUAGGUCACUUCCUCCUCAGAAGGCUGUUGUCAAGCCACCUGCUCCUAAACCAAGACCCCCUGUUUUGAAGCCGAAGUCACCACCGUCAGCGCCAAAGCCAGUGGCGAAACAGCCCACAGAACAGCAGCCUAAAACGGAAGUGAGGAAGUUGUUCGGUGGCCUUUUUCAGCAAGAAACCAUUUAUGUUGAUGAUGAGUGAGUGAGAUUAUUUCUUCCACAACCUAAACUAGACAUCUCUAGUCUUUCUUUGUAGGCUAUUUUUGUGCGAAUAUCGUGUAAUUACUGUUGAAGGGAUGCACAAUGAGUAAAAGGACUUUGAAUUUGCUCAAGGCUUUUAAUAUUUGGACUGUAACUCUAAUAAUUUUCAAUAAUCUCU